CGUCAUUAGAAAAAGGGAACCAUUAAACAUCAGAUACGAAGAAAGAUAAUAAAAUAAAUAAAAGAGUAAACAUAUUUGUGAACGGAACAACAAAAAUCCACCCUAGGCGCGCGAUAUUUUGUCAGAUGAACACUUAAACCCAUGCUGUCACUGCUAUCCCGGGAUAUCAGUACUGCAUCCACAUGGCUCGUAUUUCUCGCUGAUUGGCUGUUCUUUUGCUCCAGCAAAGUUUUGCACCUGUUCCUGUACAUUUAGCCACUCUGUCAGACUGGAAAGUUAGUGCAAGUCAUAUCGUGGAUCUGCAGCCAAAAAGGAGCAGCAGUGCACUACGGGUUUCUAACUGAACACAUGGGUGAGCCAAUGGCAAUCGGUAUAUAUAUAUGCAGCCACCAAUCAGCAGCUAGAACCUAGGUUCUUUGCUGUUCCUGAACUUUCCUAGAUAAAUCUUUCAGCAAAGGAUAACAAGAGAAGGAACCAAAUGAAAUAAUAAAGUGUAGUGAAUGGAGGGGGAAGAGCGAGAAUUUUUUGUACAAGAUGUUCCCAUUCCUAGCAAGCCAGUGAAAGUGGAAAAGACAAAAGGAGACGAAGUGAAGAGAAGUGUGGACGAACCAGCCACCUCUGGGGCCACAAGUGAGUCCAAAAAGACGUGUGCGCUGCAGAUCACAGAAGACCUGGACGAGUUUGUGGAAAACUCCAAUGAGUCUGGAGAAAAGAAACCUCGGACCAUAUCUAAACCAACAAAACGCAUUGUUGAAGCCAAGCCAGUUUCCAAAGGCACAGUAGUAAAGAAGAAAUCCGAACCCAAAAGCCUAGGACCAAUGAAAGAGGAGGAAUCAAUUCCUUGGAAUGGAAUCACACUCAAUCGGUGUCUGGUUGUUGCCGCUAUUGCUGCUCUGUUGAGCAUGGGAUUCCAAGUUUUGCAAGAUGUUGUGGAUACAGAUGAAGACAUACAUGAAUUGGAGACUGGACACUGGGCACCAGCAGACCCCAAUGAUCAGCAAUCAGAAUCAUGGUUUUUUGAAGGUUGGUUUGGGUCAUCUGACGCAGAGCCGCUAGAAGUAUCUGAUAUGGAAUUAUCAGAUGAUGAACUGCUAGAAGAGGAAUUACUAGAAGAUGAAUUACCAGACGAGGAAUUACUAGAAGACGAAUUACCAGAGGAGGAAUUGCCAGAGGAGGAAUUACUAACAGAGGAAUUGUCAGAGGAAGAUUUACAAGAGGAGGAAUUGCCUGAGUUGCAGUUACCCAAGGAGGAAAAGGAUCAGUCAGACCAGGAUCUACCACACUCCAUAAAGCUUCAUGAUUUUGAUAAAAAGACUGAAGAGACUAGGGACAAGCAUAAGCAAAAAGACCAGUGGGGACUAAAGGCCAAAAAUAAGUACAUGGAGAACAAAGCAAUUAAAAUCAAGAGGCAAUCAGAAGGGUCUCAAGGAAGGGGGGUCUUCCCAUUUAUGAAGAAACCAAAUGAUUCCACCAAAUCCUCACAAGAUUACAAGCAGAAGAAAUACAAAGAGAAAAGUCACCAACAAAAAGACAAGGAAAGGAAGUAUGAGCACCCCAAGAAACAGGAAUUGGUUGAGAGAAAGCCAUACAAGAAAGGAAAAGAAGAAGAGAAUAAAUAUUUUAAAAAAGAAGGAAAGGAAAACUAUAAAGGAUGGAAAGAGAAGGAGAGUAAAGGGUUCAAGCACCAUCAACAGGAAAAAGGCUACAAAAAACAAGAUCGAUAUCAUGGCUAAUACACUACUUAUAAAAGUAAACACCUAUUUGUGCAAGAGAAACUGAAGUACCUUUAUGUGACAUCCCUAAUAUAAAUUAUAUUUUAUUAUGAAUAAUAAUAUUAUGCUACACAUCACAAUGACCAUAAUAAUUAUACAUGAGCACUGUUGCAUCUCCAUUUUAUGAUAGGAAAUGUCAUACAUAUAUAUAUAUAUAUAUAUAUAUUCUUAUAUAUAUAUAUAUAUUCUUGUAAAUUAGAAACCUAAAUCCAAGUCAUGCUAGUUAAGACAGCAAUAUAAAAAUAUUAAAAAUUUUACUGAAAAAAACACCUUUAAGUUUCAGUUCUUACUCAAAAGUGAAAAACAGGGAAAUUCCUGGUUUUAGCUGCCUUUUAAUGGAAAUGCUGCAUUAAAGACAAACUAGAGAAAUGACUGCACCACUUUACCCAGGUGCUCUUUAUUUUUAAAGAAUGUUCAACAUUUGUUUGUUUUUGUUUUGUUAUUGGGGUGUGGGCAUAUUUUAAGUUUUAUUAAGCCAAUACACGUUUAUAUGCAUUUCAAAUAGUAUACUCAAUAAAAGUUAAACUAAUUAUUGCAUAAAUUGUAAAAUACAAUACUACAACUUUGACUAAUACAUAAUUUAGGAAAUGCCACCUUUUCCGUUAACACUCAGUCUAGGCUUAAAGGCACAUAAAACAGGUUGAGAUCUGUGCAUAUCCUAAAAGGGCUAAUUAAUUAAGAAUAGUUUGCAUACAUUUUUUUUUUUUUAAAUUGCUGGCAAGUAUUUUAAAAUAAUUUUCAAAAAUAAGCAAAAUUAAUUACAUAGCUAAGCUAUCAGGAGAAGCCAAAUCCACCCCCUUAGCAGUGUUUAGACACAGGCAUUGUAUUUAAACUGAGUUCACAGCUUCUAGGCCUGCUCCAGCAGAUAAUCCCUAUGCAUUUUUUGCAUUCUUCCAAAACAACAAUAGAUAUAGAUACAGCCAUAGAAGGAAAUAUGUGGGGGGAGUAAGAAAUUUACAAUUCAGAAACUAAAAGAAAAGAGUUAAUGAUGAGGCACUGCAGUAUAAAUUUGCAGGUAAAGUAAUUAAAGUGCAUAUUAUUAUAUUUUGUCUCUAGCCCAACUUGUUUUAUGUCCCUUUAAGACAGAGUUCCCAAGUGACUAUAUUAUUAUGCACGAUUGGCUCUAUAGUAUUUCAUUCAUAGUAAUGCUUUAUUUAUAAAUCUCCAAGUUCUGUGUUUAUGCAACAUAUACAAAUUAAUGAGUAUCUUUAAUCAGGAUAAACAAGUCUUAGCAAUUAUAUUUCUACCUUAACAUGAUAUUAAAGAAAAUACACCAUAUCAUUUUAGUGCUCCCUUGUCUUAACACUGUGGUUCUCAACACCCUUGAUUGUAUUCCUUAUUUAUUUCCAUAGUUUGAUAAACUCAGUACCAUUUAUCUGCUGCUGAUUAUCACUUAAAGGGACAGUCUACUUGAAAAUGUUUAUUAUUUAAAAAGAUAGAUAAUCUAUUUAUAACCCAUUCCACAGUUUUGCAUAACCAACACUGUGUUAUAUUACUACACUUUUAACCUCUGUGAUUACCUUGUAUCUAAGCCUCUGCAGACUGCCCCCUUAUUUCAAAGCUUUUGACAGACUUGCAUUUAGCCAAUCAGUGCUGACUGAUAAAUAACUCCACGUUAUCUAUAUGGCCCACAUGAACUAGCACUUAGAUAAGAGGCAGUUCAACGGUUUAGAAAUCAGUUUGAGCCUAUCUAAAUAUAGCUUUCAAAAAAGGAUACCAAGCGAACAAAGCAAAUUUGAUGAUAAAAGGAAAUUGGAAGAUUGUUUAAAAUGACAUGCCCUAUCUGAAUCAUGAAAGUUUAAUUUUGACUAGACGGUCCCUUUAAUAGCCACAAGCUAGGGGAUUUCAGUAAUUUAAGAGACUAUGCUCAUCCAAAAUGUGGGAUCUUUCACCCUCAGCUAGGGGUUGUGGCACCUAAGGAUAUCUGAUUUUCUGGUUGAGAAACACUACAAUACAUACAAUAGAACUUUGUGGCUGAAGAGUUUUUUUCAUGAAAAUGUUGUUGUCAAUUAUUUUAUUUAUUCACUGACGCUUUGUAUUAAAAUAUAUAUCCAAAAUGAUCAUUGGCAGGGUUUAUCUUAAUACUUCUGUAUUUAUUCACUACAUUUUGUCUAUGCUUUAUUUUCUAGUAUUUUUUUCUCUUGAGCCCUGUGAUUGCUGAGCAAGGCAUACAUUAGUUGAAAUAGAUAAAAUAUACCUCUGACUGCACUAUCAGUGCCUUGAUCUCAAAAGCACUGAAACUUUGGUUGAAUAAAUAAAUAAAUAACAUUUUAUUCAAUA